AUAACUUCUUGUGCUACGACGUGCUUUCCACGAUACAAGCCAGAGCAAAUUAAACAGUAUUAUCAAUAUCUGAGUUAACCUUGACGGUUGAAAAGAUUUUUUAACUUCCGCAUCAGGAUUGUGUUUUUGAUUAUGUAAAUUAAUAACGAAUAAAUUUCUUUUUGCAAGAACAGUUUUAUGACAUGCUAGCUAGCUAGCUAGCUAAUGUCUGGCAUAAAUAGAGUCUGGUAUAUUUAAAUCUGACAGAAGGAAACUAGCUUUCCACUGUCUCUAACAUGGGACGAAAGAAACAGGGAAAGUUUGUGCGACCUGACAACAAGGGCAAAGACAAAAGGCAUAAAAUGAAGGGGAAAUCCUUGGAGGCAUUUGAAGAAGAAAUGCACAGUGCUUUUGAAGCAAGUCUUCAUCUUGAAGAGGGAGCAGAGGCCCCUCAGGUGAAGCUGCCUUGUCCUCUUGCCAUGUGGGAGUUGGGUCACUGUGAUCCUAAACGUUGCACAGGCAGAAAGCUGGUACGCAAGGGCUUUGUGCGCAACCUGCGCCUCAAUCAGAGAUUUAACGGACUCAUCUUAAGUCCAAUGGGCACAAAAUAUGUGACACCAGCAGACAGGGAGAUUGUGGCACAAAGUGGGUUAGCGGUGAUUGAUUGUUCAUGGGCCAAACUGGAGGAGACGCCCUUCAGUAAGAUGAUUGGAUCUCACCCCAGGUUAUUGCCGUACCUGAUAGCUGCAAACCCUGUCAACUAUGGCAAACCUUGCAAGUUAUCUUGUGUUGAAGCGUUUGCUGCCACUUUCUGCAUUGUUGGUUUUGAAGAACUAGCUGUGCUCUUGUUGAAGAAAUUCAAGUGGGGCACUGUGUUCCUGGACCUCAACAAGGUUCUACUGGAUCGCUAUGCUGCUUGCCAGUCAGAAGACGAGCUGCUCUUGGUGGAAAAAGAGUAUUUGACGUCUAAACCAGAGGAGGAGGAGUUUGAUCCAUUUGAUGUGAACUCUGGAGUAGAAUGCAGGAAUCUUAACAGACGUCUGUGUGACCUUGAUGAUGGUGAUUCAACAGAAGAGGAUACAGACACCUCAGACGAUGACAAAGAUGAAAAUGACACAGAAGAUGAAAAAACACAGAGCAACAGUUGGUUAAGAACAUCAAAUCAAGAUGAUGAAAAAGACUGAACUAAAAUGGUCUCUAUAAAGCAUAUGCAAACUAUGGACGCUAUUACCACAAGGACUUGCGUAACUUAAAAAAAAAAAUCAUGUUACAUACAGAUAACAGUUAUUUGGGACUAUCUGAUUUUGCAACGUUUUCUCUUAAAUAAUAAAAAUAUGUUAUAAA